ACUCAUAUUUGUUCAGCUCCUCUUUUUAGACGCUGCGCAUCGAUCAUCUCUUCCACCUCCUCUAAACCCUAAAACCACAAUCACCGCCCCAGACCCGCCUAUUCGACAAGCUUGGUUAACAAACAGGGUGGGUAUUGGGUUAUUGGAGAUUGAUUUUGGUCGAGUAAUUAUCUUUUUUGAACAUUAUGGUCGUCAUGCCUAAGUUUCGGCUUAUUUCUUAUUCAAAAGAGCUUGUGGAUGGAAAUCCAAUCUAUGUUUCUUCAAAUGCGCUUCCUAUCAAGGCUGUAAAAUUUGAACCUGCUGGGCAUGCAUUUCAUGCUGUUGCUCUCAAACUCAGUGGCCAUGUGGAAGAAGAUGUGGACAGUGAUGACCAGAAAGUUCCGAAUGAAAAGGAACAGUCACACAUGCCGUCAGCUGAUUCUUACAGCAGCAAAGGUAAGAAGAAAUCUGGAGACAAGCAACAAGAUCACUAUGCCUUGUUAGGUUUGAGUCAUUUGAGAUAUCUUGCUACUGAAGAACAGAUACGGAAAAGCUAUCGCGAGGUUGCUUUGAAAUAUCAUCCUGAUAAACAGGCUGCAAUUCUUCUUGCUGAGCAAACUGAGGCUGCAAAACAAGUAAAAAAGGAGGAAAUAGAGAGCCAUUUCAAAGCUAUUCAAGAAGCAUAUGAAGUUUUGAUUGACCCUAUAAAGAGAAGAAUAUAUGACUCCACUGAUGAAUUUGAUGAUGAAAUCCCCACUGACUGUGCACCUCAGGACUUCUUUAAGGUUUUUGGGCCUGCUUUUAUGAGGAAUGGACGGUGGUCGGUAACCCAGCCAAUUCCAUCUCUAGGUGAUGAUACUUUAUCUCUGAAAGAAGUCGAAAGCUUCUAUGAUUUCUGGUAUAGCUUUAAGAGCUGGAGGGAGUUCCCACAUUCUGAUGAGUUUGAUGUUGAGCAAGCUGAAUCUCGUGAACAUAAAAGGUGGAUGGAGAGGCAAAAUGCAAAAAUUACUGAGAAGGAAAGGAAGGAAGAGUAUGCAAGAAUACGUACUCUUGUGGACAAUGCUUAUAAAAGAGAUCCGCGAAUAUUGAGGAGAAAGGAAGAGGAAAAAGCUGAAAGGCAGAGAAAGAAGGAAGCUAAAAUUUUGGCGAAAAAGCAGCAGGAGGAAGAAGCUGUAAGGGCUGUUGAAGAGGAGAAACGCCGUAAAGAAGAGGAGGGAAAGCGCGCUGCUGAAAUUGCGUUGCAGCAGAAAAAGAUAAAGGAGAAAGAGAAGAAGCUUCUGCGCAAAGAGCGAACUCGUCUUCGAACACUUUCAGCACCCGUCUUAUCCCAGCGUUUGCUUAAUCUUUCCGAUGACAAUGUGGAAAAUCUUUGUUCGUCAUUGGAUAUUUUGAGUCUCAGGGAUUUAUGUGAUAAAAUGGAGGGUAAAGAAGAGCUAGAGCAAGCAAAAUUGCUCACUGAUGCUAGUGGGCAUAAACAUAAUACUGAGAGCAUUAAAGAACAGAAGAGUAACGGCUCGGUGGAGCGAAAUGGAAGUGUCCCAUUAGGCAACUUUCAAAAGAAGGAGAAGCCUUGGAACAAAGAAGAAAUUGAGCUUCUAAGAAAAGGAAUGCUGAAGUAUCCUAAAGGAACCUCUCGGAGGUGGGAGGUUAUUUCUGAAUAUAUUGGUACUGCAAGAUCUGUCGAAGAAAUUCUAAAGGCAACAAAAACCGUCCUCCUUCAAAAACCAGACUCUGCUAAAGCUUUUGAUUCUUUUCUUGAGAAGAGGAAGCCUACACAAUCCAUUGCUUCUCCACUUACAACUAGAGAUGAAACAGGAGAACCAGCUCCAGCAGCAGCAGCUAAACAAGAGCCGGAAACUAGUAAAGCAGCAAAGACGGAAACUCCCGAGGAUUCCUCAAGUAAAUCUGCAAAUAACAAGAAUCCUGAUGAAGGGGUAACUGAAAAUGGAGCGGCUUCAAGUUCAGAUCAAGACAUUUGGUCCGCUGUGCAAGAAAGAGCUCUAGUUCAGGCGCUAAAAACAUUUCCAAAGGAAACCAAUCAGCGGUGGGAGCGGGUAUCUGCUGCAGUUCCUGGGAAGACUGUGAAUCAGUGCAAGAAAAAAUUUACUGUGAUGAAGGAGAGCUUUAGAAACAAGAAACCCGCAGUUUAAUUCAUCGGAUAAUUCAGCAGGCGAAUGGUCAUUUUUCGCUCCUUAUUCACUUUUACUAUCCAUUAUCGUCUAGUAUUACCGUCUGGCAUUUGUUGACAGAUUUUACUAUAAACAUUUUCCGGGGAAGAGACGACAUGGAAGUAGUAGUUUGGCCCCAGAUGAUUCACAGUAUCGAAGGAUUUUUGGUUCCAUCAUGUUAUCCGGAGACGAUGUAUAUGUAGUCAGAUAUGAGGUGGUACCAGAUUCUUUGGAGCAAUUUUUGCAGGGUGUUCAUUUUUAUUAGAUUUUAGUAAAUGGUAUAACUUAUUAAAUUUCACCAACUUUUCUUACCCAAUGUUCACAAUGGAUGUUUUUAGCUAUUUAGUUAAAUUAUUUUUAGAGAAUUUCUUUUA